ACAAUAUGCUUGCCCUCCCUUUUCUUUCUCUCUUUGUGCCUCCACAGUUAGUUUCUCUCUCUAAAGUCUCGGCCAUCUCUUGAUGGUCUUUCUUCCGAGCUGCUGCUGCUGCUGUCGCUGCUGCUUGUGUUUGUGCUUCUGCCUCGUCUCGUUUCUGCCGAGUUGAAGAGCCACCACCACCUCACGGAAAUGGAUUCCGGCAACAGCUCCUCCAGAGACGUCGAUCUGGUGUCCAGUGCGGAGGAGGACUACGACGACCCUCACCACCCCUGCGGAUCUCCGCCUUCCUCCUCCGCCACCUCCCGCUUUUUCCUCGGCAACCAAAUCCCACCACCGGCGCCCUCCACCUCAUCGCCCUCCUUGUUCGACUCCUUCUCGUCUUUCCUCGAACCUCUUCCGGGGUCCCCCAAUCUCGAACCCGGCUGGCAGAGGAGCGUCAAGAGGCUCGCCUCGUCUCCCAUGGCCGCCCUCUCUUCCUCUUCCCCCUCGCCCUUUGUUGGUGCAACGACCCCUAUUAAUUCGGGAGCGGUCCAGCCGUCUGAAGCCGGAAGCAUGUACCAGAGGACCGCCGGGGAGGCGGUUGGAUCGGCCCCACCGGCCGCGAAAAGCGGCAAAAAGCGGUCGAGGGCGUCGCGGAGGGCGCCGACCACUGUUCUCACGACGGACACCACCAAUUUCAGGCAGAUGGUCCAGGAAUUCACAGGUAUUCCCGCACCACCCUUCGUUUCUACAUCCCCCUUCUCUCGAACUGCCGCCCGGCUUGACCUUCUAGCCGCGGCCGGCGGCGGGCCCGGUGCUGCUCCACCUCCCUUUCUCCUUCGCCCCUUUCCUCAGAAGCCUCAAAUCCUCACCAUGGCUAACACUACCAUCAACAACAACACCGGCAACAACUGCAACAAUGAUGUGUCCCCUAACAACCCUUCCUCCUCCGCCCCAACUGCUGCUUCCCUGGGCACGGAAUCAGCGCAGGACUUCUUGCUCCGGCGCCAGCACGACGCCCAUUCCGGCCCUCUGCAGGCUUCUAACUUGCCUAACACUCUAUUUAGCCUCCAAUCCCUCAUGAACUUAGCACCAUCCAAGUUUCAAUUGCCCAAUUUCCUUCCCGGGAAGCUGCCGUCAGCGGGUCUUUCGCCGUUCCAGAUGCCGCCGAUGUCCACGACUAUGAGCGUAGGUGCCGAGAUGCACAGCGUAGGCGGAGUCUUGGACGAAUUUGGCGGCAGCGGGUGUCAUGUGGGUCUGAGCAGCCAAGGCAACGUGGGCGCUCCCAACAUGACCAACAGCAUGAACAUGAGCAGCGGCGACCUUCCCACCGUUGGUUCCUCGCGAGUGUUUCUCGGGGGGAUUGCUGAUGGUGGUGGUGGCGGCGGUGGGGGCAGCGGAGGCGGUGGUGAGAGCAACGAGAACCAAGUGGGCAUCCGCCCGCUGGUCGCCGUUGGCGGUGGUGACCUGUGCAAUCCCCAGAGAGGUGGUGGAAGCAGCUGCAAAUUGAACUACAAUGCUUCCUCCUCCGACUUCCACGUGGAGAAAGGGUCAGAAGGGAUGUCAAGAGGGGAGGGCAUGGUCGACUCCUGGAUUUGUUCAUCUGAUUAGCGUCCGCAGGGGUCGGGGGCAGUUUUGGUGAGCGAGAAAGAAAAAGAGGAUGAGGAGGAGGGGGAGGACAAAGAGAUCGAAUUAUGUGGAAUCUGCAUGAUGAGCACUCUGAGAAUAACCGCGGUUCUUUGUACAAGAGGUGUUCGCUGGAAAGAACUCUCUCUCUCUCUUUUCGAUUAAUUAGAAGGAACUCUCUUUCAGAAGGAAGGAGCUGAAAGAGUGUGACAAAGAAUGGUGGCUGACAACCACUCGGCCUGGCCCGCCUUCUCCUCCUUCCCUCCAUGGGAGAGAUCAUCAUGAGAGUGUGGAAGAAGAGAUAACCCAAGUUGGGGAGUGAUGAAUCCAUGGCUGUUUUUUUCUUCGUAUAUGGAGGGUGACAUGUGACUCUUUACGCAAUCAUGGUGGCCCAUGCCAGUGAAUGAUCCUCCUGGUGUUUAGUAAUGAUGGCAUUGCCAAACAUCGUCUGUCCUUUGGAGUCAUCAUGGGAGAGAGAAGAGAGGGGGGCCUUCUUCCUGUUCCUGUUCCUGUUCCUCUUCUUCUUCCUCCCUCCUCCUCCUCUUUAGUGCUCUUCUGGCUUCUUUCCCUCCCCAAAAAGCCCAUUGCCUUUUUACAUGAAAAAAGCAUCAUGCUGGUACUGGCACUCAUUUCUUAGUCUUAGAAAAAGGAGAAAAGCCCACUUUGUUUUAUUGAUUCAGUCAGACCAUCGAAUUUAAUAUUGUUAACCCUCCUUGUAUUUAAAGAAAAAGCAGGCUAUAGCAGACGAUUCAUUAACGUAGAACACCAUAAUCUUCAAAAGAAGAGUGUCUGCUUGUUAUUAAUUAA